UUUACACAUACAAAAAUGGCAAGUCACACAAUGAGGUAUGUAAUGCAGUGAUAGUUAAAAGCAAAGACAUGGAGACUGACAAAUACUACUUAAUUGAUAAUGUAACUGCAGAAGUAAAGCAAAUCAAUAAGAACGGUGACUACAUUAAAAAGUUCAACAUCGAACUAACUGGCAAGGCAAAUUAUAGUGAGAGAGUUGCAAAGGCAUAAGGCGUAAACUGCAUUUUAUCAAUUUAGGAUUAAGCCUACAUGCCAUACAGCACUAAAGUGUUACAAACCAAACCCAAUCUUUAUACUCCCUAAACAGACAAGUUCGAUGGUUAUGCACAACUACCUCGCACUUUGCAAGAACCCUACAUAAACAACACUCGCAAAAGACCCAAGACCACAAUCGAAGCCACCAAGUACUUGCUUGAAGGGAAGGAAAAAAAUAAAAAGUACUUGAUAGGGAAACAAUUGUAACAUAUAACCGGCACCAUUCAUGAUUACUUCAAGGCCAAGAAGGAUGGCAAAAUAGAGAUCUUGAAGAUGAGGACUGAAACUAAAAUGCAGGAUUUCGUAUCAGGAGGUUCUGUUAAAAUCAUUAAUGGACAUGAAUUGACUCAACCCCAAGUGUUGCAUAAUCCUCCAGAGAAACGAGCUUAAUCUGCUUCCAGAAUCAAGUACGAGACUCUUCCACAAACGACUGAAACCAGGGCUUAGACAAGUCAAUAGUCAAGAGUGAUUGUGCCUUUGGAAGAGUAGAAAUUGAAAUCCAUGCAAUCUUAUGGCACUCUGAAUCAGGAGUUGCAGAAUACGGAAUCUAAGGCUUUAUUUUAAAGUAGAACGUACAUUCAAACCUCUCAAUCGAAACGAAGUCAGAAUGUGAUUGACUAAAAUGUGUAGUUAUACAACAUACCUCAUUUUCAAGAGAGAUUGGAUAUUUUUAAGAAAGAAAUUCAGAGUUUUACUCUACCUCAACCAAAAGAGAUCAAGUAGAUCACUUCCAAAGGAAGAUUUAAUUGCCACUUGGCUGACAAUAAAGAACAUUAUAUGUAGGAUAGGUUGAUGAUGAAAUUAUGUAUUUGUUUAUUUUUCAUAAAGUUCAACCUGAACAAUUUAAGUCGAAUGAAAGUCCAAAAAAACAGGAAAUGGAAAAACAAAGAAGGAUUUUGGCUAAAAUGAAAGAAACUGACAUGUUGACUAGAAAUCUAAAAUUGAAGUUGUGA